GAGGAAUCAUCUGUGCUGCAUCUCGGGAGUGUCAAAUCCUGGAUCUGGACCUGGACUUGGACCUGGACCUGAGCCCACAGGAUUAUUGGAUUAUUUAGGUCACAUGACACAGUCGGUGUUAUGUAACCUGGCUCGGAGUCUGUGGUGGUCUGUAUUGGUCUCUGUGGACCCACAUCUGUCAGCUGACUCGGUGGUUUCCAUCCAGGCUGCAUUCCUUCAUGGUCCUCUGAGGGCGUCCAUUAUCUCACAGGGAUGAUUCAUAAAACAGACCCUCAGUCAGAGACAUGUGGACAGGACGAGUCCAACCCGACUGAGAAGAGACUGAGAGGAGACACCAUCAGAACUGCUUUUAUUGGUCAGUGCUCGUGUUUGUCUCUGCUGCCCCCUGCUGGUCUCAUGACGUCAUCACAGCUGACAGGCUGGAGCUGCUCUCAGAUCAGCUCGGCAGGCAGUGGGCGGGGUCAGCUCCGGUGACCAAUGACAGCAGACCUGGAGCGUUACCAAGGGAACAGCGUACAGGGCUGGAAGACGGCUGGAGGCACAGAGGCUAACGUGCUAACAGGCUAACGUGACCCCGUGAGCGGAAACAGAUGCAUAAAUAUUUAAACACUUUUAAAUAUUAAAUAUUAAAGCUGUUUCCCGCCGUCUGCCUCGCGCCGCGCGGUCACCGCCUCUGUCUGUCGGCGUCAGUCAGCUAGCAUGGCAGCUAACGAGGCUAGCGCUAGCUGUCGGUGAUUAGCCCGUUAAUGCUAACGUUAAUGCUAACAGCCAGUCACGUGCUCAUCUGAAUAUUAUCCGGAUCAUCGGAGCCGUCAGAACCGAGCCCCGGGCCGGGAUGGAUCUGCGCUAACACACGGACUGCAGGGCGAGCUGAUCCGGGUCUGUGCUUCUCUGACCCGAGCCGAGCCGAGAGGUCCUCUCAGCAGCAGCCUGGUCCACCCGGACCGGGGGUCCGCAGGAGUCCACGCCGCCGGUCAGGCCCGGACAUGGGGAUGAGAUGAGAUGCAGCGGAUAGGUCGAGCUGAACAGGAUGGAUGUGUGCAGUAGGAACCCAAACCGCACGGCUCCGGUAGGUGAGGACGGUCUUCACCGGGCCGAUGUGCCACUCUGUUCCCGGACUAACGGGUGGAGCUGGCCCCCCCAUCCCUUCCAGCUGCUGGCCUGGCUGCUCUACGUCUACUUCGCCCUCACCGGCUUUGGCGUGUUCGUCCCCCUGCUGCCGGCCCACUGGAUCCCCGCCGGAUACAUUUGUACCGGCGUCAUGUUCGUGUGUCACCUGGUCGUCCACGUCAUGGCCGUGUCCAUCGACCCAGCAGACUACAACGUCAGAACCAAGAGUGACAGAGGUCCGGUCCCUGUGUUCGACCGCUCCAAGCACGCCCACGUCAUCGAAAACUGCCACUGUUACCUGUGCCAGGUGGACGUGGGUCCUAAGUCCAAACACUGCAGUUCAUGUAAUAAGUGUGUGGCUAACUUUGAUCAUCACUGUCGAUGGCUCAACAACUGUGUGGGCAGCAGGAACUACAAGUUGUUCCUCCACAGUGUGAUCUCGGCUCUGUUGGGUGUGGUUCUGGUUCUGGUUGUGGCCUCCUACGUCUUCAUUGAGUUCUUCGUUGACCCGUCCAAACUACGCACAGACAAACACUUCCUGUUGAGGAAUGAGACAUCAGUGUGGUUCGUGUUCCUGCCCGUGGUUCCGGUCCGGUCCACAGCAGCAGUGAUUCCUGGUCUGGCAGCGGUCACCAUCGCUCUGGGUCUGCUGUCCUGUGUGCUGCUGUGUCACCUGCUCUGUUUCCACAUCUACCUGAUGUGGAACAGACUCAGUACAUAUGAGUACAUCGUGCGUCAGCGUCACCGUCACCGCCAGGACAGCAGAGACUCGAGGAAACCCGUAUCAGUGAAGGAGGUGGCGGCUCCGUCAGUCGACCUCAUCAAGGACGUGAACUAUUCAGGGACUCUGGGAUACACCAACCCUCAGCUGGACGUGGAGGAGCCCACCACAGUGUCUGUACGGGGGGAGCCAGGGUUCCUGUCCAAUGGCAGAGUGAGGACCAUGUCCAGUCCUGUCAUGGAGGAAGACGCUCCGCCCACCAAAACCACAGAGCUGAAAACUACAGCACACACACAUAGACACAUACACACACAGAAAAAAAAGAAGAAGGUCCGUGAAGUUCCUGCAGAGGUCACCAGAGAGCACUGCCCAAGUAUGGCCCUGCCCCCAGAGUCCACAUCGGUGUCCACGGUGUCUUUGGGUCAGCGCCUUCCUUUCCCAGCAUUCCCUCUGCGGGCGUCUCUGCCCCCCCUGGUUCCGGCACUGGUUCCAGUCCAGGCCGCCGCCCCUCCGGCUGAGUACCACUCGGACUCGGCCGAGUCUCUGGAGGAGAUCCCCGUGGUUCUGGCCAAACUGGGCUCGUCCUCGUCAGCAGGCGCCGGAGACGCUUCAGCGUCUUCACGCCGAGUCGUGUCGGCGUUCCCGCUGCCGUCACCUCAGCCCAGGACUAAGAGGAAGCCCGCCCGCGCAAAUAAGAGUGCGGCAGAGCUGAGGUUUGAGAUGGCCUCCACCCACCCGCCAACCGUGUUUGUCAGCCGGGCCAGUGGAGAUGCUGCCGAGCCCCGAGAGGACGGCCUUAGUCUGGGCCGGAGGCAGAUCAGCUCCAGGCCCGGGUCCAGACCGGCAUCCCGGGCAUCGCUGGGCUCGGGCGUGGCCUCGUGGAUGGAGCAGUGAAUGUUUUAUUUUGAAAGAUUUUUGUAUCUGUGACUAUUUAUUGAUGUGAAUUUUUUAUUUUGAAAGCCAAAGGUGACUUCCUGUCUGUGCACAAUCUUUAUACCUGAAGGAAGUGUCCGUUACCGUGGAGACUUAACUUUCUGUCAAGCCUAACGUAACGAAAAGAAUUAAAUCAAGUUAAUUUUUAUAAAAUAUGACGUCCUCAAACUCUUGAUGUCACGUCUCAUCAGCUCUGCUUUCACACGUCACGUCUGUGACGCUUCAUGUGGCGCUACAGCCAACAGCUGGUUAGCUUAGCAUACCUUAGCUUAGCUUAGCAUACACAGCCUAGCAUCAGUUAACUGUUAGCAGUACGUAUGCUAAGCUAAGCUAAGCUAAGCUAACCAGCUGUUGCUCAUAUUUCACGACACAGAAAGUUUGUUUGAUUCAUUUUAUAAUAAAAUAUGAAAACUGACGAA